AUGGCAGACGACAAGUUUGCCGCUCUUGCACAUAACAAAAAGCAUGCUAUUUUGGAUGGUAUGGAGUCCAAUAACACUAAGCGCAACACAUUGAUUGAGCCAAGAUCUACAGAGAGUCGCAAAUGUUAUAAUGAGUGUAAAGAACGACAACUCUGGUCAAAGGAUUGUAACAUCCGAAGUUCCAGCUGCCCAUCCCAUGCUAAGGUGUUUGUACAGUUAGUCGGUCAAAAUGUUGUAUCCAAUUACUACAUGAUUAAGGUCUUCUCCAGUGGCAGGUUCCUGUUACAGCGAGGCAAUAAAGACAUACUUCUGAUACGCACGAAAGAAUACCUGGGUCCUGUGGAGGAAGUCAAAGUUGUUGUAUCUGGAUUAAAGACUGUUUCAUGGAGACCCAAUUCUGUGUCAGUGACCUGCAUGACAUCAGGGGAGGCCUAUUUUGUGGACUGUCGACUUUUAAAUGCAAACAAUACUGCCACAGAUGGAGAUGACUAUGUCUUUUUUGCUGAUAACAGGAAAUCUUGGAGCUGCCAUGCCAUUUUGAGAAGGAUUGCUACAUUUCACCCAUGGUUAUCUCCCUUCAACGUGCCUUUAAGAUUUGGCAAAUUCACAUCAGUUGUCAGCACCAGCCUUGUCUUCCUAGCCUUGACCUUACUGAUGACCUUGACCCUGGUGGGUUACAUCUUGACAGUCAAUAAUGCUGCUGACAUUUUCUGCUUGGAAAUUGACUUUGUCAUCAUGACAGUAGUUGUUGAGGUAGCUGUCAGUCUUGUCAUGUACCUUCUUAAUAUAUUGCUGAGGAAUGUGAAAUCAGGAAAGAAAGAAGUGAUUGACAAAUUGUUUCCUAAAUCUGAUAACAUUUAUCACAGUAUAACUAAUCAAGAAAGCUAUGUUGAGAAACAAGGCAAUAAUGAGAAAAAGUCAAACUCACAGGUUUCUUUCAGUAUUACUAAUUUCUCUUCAGCACAAAGCAGAAGCUCCUUACAAAAUGCAAAAAUAAGUGAUAACCAAAUAUCAGAUACAAAUUUCAAGAGCUUCAUUUCAUUAAGUCUUCUACAGCCAGAACAAAGUGACAAUGAUCAACUGGAAAUAAAUAUACCUGAAUCUUACCAAAGACUUGGAGAACAUGUGAACACAACUGAGGUAGGAUCAAUUCAGGACAUCAGCAAGACCAAGGAUUUGUUCAAAAGCAACACUGGUAUUGAUGUUUAUGAUGUGGAAGGAGAGGACAGGGAUGUGUUCAGAAGCAGUACUAACUUUGAAAUACAUCCUCUAGAGGGGGAUUCACAUGAAGUGGAUUUUAAUGUUUCAGAUGAAGGGAGAUUGAAUUUAGAGAUGAACACUAGCUUUCUUUCACUUGAUCAAUUCAGAUAUACAGAACAGGAUAGCAAUAACUCAGCAGACAAAGACAGCCAAAACACAAACACAAGAAAAAAAAGUGGGGGAACAAACACAAAAUCCUCAGUAGAAGAUGAAGAGAAAUACGCUUAUGGUGGAAAAAGGGUUAAUCAUGAUCCAGCUAAAAAACUAACUCGUCCUUAUAAUGCAGAUUAUGCCUCAAAAAUUUCUGUAUUCAAUACUGAGAUGCUUGAGGAAUCUCCAUUUUUGGAUAUAGAAUCAGAAUCAGAUGCAUUCUUAGAUGUUGCUGACUCAGAAUUUGAAAUAACCCAACAGGUAGCAUUACAUUCAGUCAGUGAUGAGUGGCAAAGUUCUGUUGAUGUGAGUAUGAAGCCUUGUGCUUAUAGUCGCUCUCUGCCAUGCAAUCAUACAGUGAAACAAAGACAAACACUUGAACCUGCAGAAGGGAAUGUUUUGCCAGAAGGCUAUGUGGACGGUGCAGCACAAGACACUUUUAACAAGACAAAAAAAUGUAUCCAAAGUUCUUUUUCCAGACCAAAAACCAAAGAGUAUGCAGGUGGCUCUUUAUCAAAAUCAAAUGAGAGAGGCUAUCAGGAAAACAUUUUUCCUAAAUCAAAUGACCCUUUUUAUGACCACAAUGCAUAUGGUCAGGCACAAGACUUCACAGAACAGAAGCAAUACACAAAAGUUGUUCCUGUGAAGAAUGUAUCACCGGAAAGUACGACGGUCGACACAAGGGAGGAACUUCUCUCACAUAGGCAGGUCAGCCUUGAAAUGAACAACAUUGAUGAGUCUCGGGAUGAGGCAGAAUAUUUUUUCGAGAUAGAAAACAAGUUAUCUGACCACCAACACAGUUCCAUUAGUUUUGACAGGCAGAGUACUAAUUCAGAAUUUCAGGUUAAGGAUGAAACUACUGGUCCUCGCUCUGUCUUGCUGCCUCAAAGACAGACAAAUAGUACAUCCUCAGAAUCGGAUGAGGUACAGCAGCAAAUCCAUAGAAGAAGUAUGCAACUCCAAGUAACAGCAAGAACAUUGUCUUCACAACUUCUUUUACAUUUAUGUGAGACGCGUCGUCUACUACAUAUCCAUGCCCAUUUCAGCACCAUAUACAACAAGACAAAAUCAGCUUUAAAUACAUGGAUAACCAAUGUAACAGAAGAACAAGUGUUCAGUGUUCUACUCAGAAACAGGAUACUAGCAAUCCAAAAAGACCCUCUUGCUGUGAAGAUAUCUUGUCUGGGUAAUGAAGUGUUGGAAUGGUCCAAGAGCAAAAUUCUUGGUGAGCAGUGUAUCCGGCAGUUUAUACAGCUUGUCUGUGAGGUCAUGGCUCUCCCUAGACACCCCAACUUUAGGCAAAGAUUAGAAAGACAGAUACAAGACACUCUUACACAUCACCUCCAUAAUUUCACUCAACAGUUCUUCGACCAUCUGAAUCAAAGCUCCAAAUGGACCACCUUAUGGCAGUCAAUCUCUAAUGAAGAUAGUAUAGCUGACAAUCUGGUGAUUCCUCAUCUUCCUGUGUCUCAAUCAGCUGCUGCAGUACUGCAGCGAAGAGAAAAUGCUAGUUUCCCAAAAUCAGUGGUAUCCAAAUCAGCUGAGGACACACGUCUACAUGAACUUUCUUCCUAUUACAUAGAUUGUGUGCAGAGAUGUAUUCUAAAGAAUGAAGGAAAUAAUUUCAGUGUAUCUGUGAUACCAAUGCCCACAUGUUCAACAGUAGAUCAGGAUGAAGUACAAGUGUUACUUAACCCAGUUAAGUUAUCCAAGUCAUUCAUGGAGCUCUCCCUGGAAUCACAGCUCUAUAGGACUGCCUUAGAUAGAGCCAUGAAAGAAUUAUGGCUGGAGUAUCAAGACCCCAUUCCUGUCUACACAGCAUUUCUCAUGCAGGCAGUUACCCUUGAUAAGCUCAAAACCAGGCUAAACUGGAGCAAUGAUCUGUGUGCAUAUGAAGAAAUUUUUCCCAGAGAUUCUCAAAGUAUUGAAAUUCUAAAUGUUAAACAAAAUGUCCAUGAAAAUAAAUCUGGAAAUAGUUAUUUAGAGGACCAGUCUGUUGAAGAUGAGGGACAAAAAAUAAGUUUGAGAGCAACCCCUAGUGAAAAGUUGGCGAGAUUCUCAGGUAUUAUAUCCCGUAAGUUGAGCUUAGUGAGAAAGUCAAAAAUGGCUUUAAUAACUUUACUAUCAAAGAAGUCAGAUACCAAGGAGUCAUCUGAAACUAAAGAGACUGUGGAACUGCAUCCCUUGAUUCCAUGUCUUGACAAAAGGUGGCACCAGCUUGGAUUUCAUCAUAGUUUGAAUGUAAACAAAAAUUUGGCGCAAGCUUUGAUGACAAAGCUGGUGAAAGAGGAACAACACAAACCAACACCAUUAACAGAGAACUUGGUCCUGGGGAAUAUUUCAUGCCUCUAUAGGAUAGAAAGAGAACUCUAUGGUGAACUUGAAAAGAAUGCAGCAACCUGUUUUGAGAGAUGGUGUCCUUAUAUUCAACAAAUUGCAGUUGACUGUGGGACUAACACUGAGAGAGCCAGAGACCAAGUCUGUGCUGUGGUUGAUGUUGCUAGCAAGGAAAUGUUGGCAUCCUUAGACAGCAUCAUAAGGGACACUGUCAGCAGGGAGUUUGUCAAUUUUACAGCUACUCAAGCUAUGCAGAAUUCUGUCAGCAAGGCUCUAGACACACUAAAGACUCCUGUAGCUGAUGAAAGUGAAACUGUAACCAGUUAUGAGAUAGACACAGCAGAACUCAUCAAAGAUUUCCUACCUUUGAGAAGAUACCUGACUGGUGUUACCAAAUGGGAGAGACUAAUAUCCAGAGAACUUGUACAGGCUAAUUUCCGUGAUAGAUAUAAACGAAAACAUAACAACUUUGCAUUGAUCACCUUACAACAUGUUCUUGAUUCAUACUCUGAGAAAGACCCUGACAUGUUAGACACUACACUCACAAAUGAUAAUCUUCAGCAGUUAGAAUGGAACAUUCUUCAGGAAAACACAAAGAUGAUUCCAAGCUGUUUUGGGAGGCUGACAACUUUUGUGUUGUUCUGUCUGACAGUCUUUUGCCUUGUCUAUGUCACUCUUAUUGGAGGCUCCUUGACUGUCACCCAGAUUCAGGAAUGGAUGUCUUGUUUCUGUAUUGGUGUUGCCCUCUAUGGAUUUGUUAUUGAGCCCUUUGUAGCUGUGGUUGGAUAUCUUAGCUACUAG